AUGGCCCUGGUUGAUAAGAUCCCACCUCUGAGUGGCCAACAAUCCCUGCGACAGCUGUGUGGCCAGGGAUUUCCCAGCUCCCAGAGACCCAGUAAGAAGCAAGAUCUGAAAACAGGCAGCAGGGCCAGGGCUGCAGCCGAGCAGGAGGCCGCUCUGUCAUGUGGAGUUGGCCCAGUCGCGGAGGUGGCUGAGUGUGGAGGAGGGAUUACUAUUAUUAGCCCAGUUGAGGAAGGUGAGCCCAGAGUGUUGAAGUACAUUGUCCCAAAUGGCGCAGGCGGCGCGUGGGGAGCCGGAGUUGGAACCCAGCUGGUAGGGCUGCAGCAUCUGCGUUCUCCCGGCCUCAUUAUUCUGUCUGCCGAGACCGCGAACCAGAACACUUUCGCGGGCACCAUGCGCGCAGGCGGGCAGGCGGGCAGCAUCCGGCCCGGGGUAGGGCUCCCGGACGAAGCCCUAGGAUCCCGGAGGCCCCUCGAAGCAGGGGUCACAGCGGGUGCUGAACCCCAGCCUCAGCCCGCGGAGGAGCUGCAGCAGCCCUGGCUUGGCUCCGCGCCCCUCCUCUGCCACAGCCAAAGCCAGGGCCAGGCAGGGGCGGAGCUGCAGCCUCCCGGCGCUGGGUCCCUGUCCCCGCCGUCCACCGCCUCAGGGCCAGAGCGCGACCAGGGACAGCUCUCGCGCCCGCGCCGGCCUACGGCCCCUCGCCCAGCUUUAGCACCGUGGCCCGCGGCAGCCGCGGGAGGCAAGGAGACCGGCAAGACAGAGCCCCACGCCGCCCCCGACGGCCGGCCGGCCAGAGCAGCCCCAUGGCGGGCAUCACAGUUCUGGUGGUCUCCGCCCCCAGAGCAGGUGGCCCUGGUGAUUGGGGGUCUCACUGGGGGGCUGCUGCUACUCCUGUUGAUUGUGGUGAGCUGCUGUCUCUGGAAGAGGCUUUGUGCCAAGUUCCCCUAUGAGGAGCUGCCGCGGGGGACCACAGCUGCCUCCAGCCUCCAGGGGAACAAGCUCUGCCCACUACAUGCGGGGACCCAGACAAGCAGGCCACUGGGUGUGCCAUUUGUUGUGCCCCCUUCCCUCCAAAGCCGAGACUGGCUGCCCCUGCACAGCAGAGAGUGGGCCCAGGUGCCACAGGGUCCCUGCCUAGCCCCGGAGCUCCUGCCCCACACCACUGGCAGCAACCUUGGAAAUACGUGCAUGGUGGGGACCAUCAACCCAGAGCUGUACAAGUUCCCAGAGGACAAGAGUGAGACCGACUUCCCCGAGGGCUGCCGGGGGCGGCUGUGGUUCUCCGUGGAAUACCAGCAGGAGGCCGAGCGGUUGCUGGUGGGCCUGAUCAAGGCACAGUGGCUACAAGCCCCCUCAGAGACCUGCAGCCCCCUAGUGAAGCUCCACCUGCUGCCAGAUGGGCGGCGCUUCCUCCAGUCAAAGACCAAACGCAAAACCGCCAACCCACAGUUUGACGAACACUUCAUCUUCCAGGUGUCAAGCAAGAGCAUCAGUCAGAUGGUGCUGAGGUUCUCAGUGUACCACGUGGACAGGCAAAGGAAGCAUCAGCUCCUGGGCCAGGUGCUCUUCCCCCUGAAGAACGAGACCCUAGCAGGCGACUAUCCGCGCAUUAUCUGGAGAGACCUGGAGGCUGAGAGCCUGGAGCCUCCCUCGGAGUUUGGCGACCUCCAGUUCUGCCUCAGCUACAAUGACUGCCUGAGCCGGCUGACAGUAGUGGUGCUGAGAGCCAAGGGCCUCCGGCUGCAGGAGGACAGGACUUUUGCCAGUGUGUAUGUCAAAGUGUCCCUGAUGAACCACAACAAGUUUGUCAAGUGCAAGAGGACUUCGGCUGUGCUGGGCUCUGCCAACCCUGUGUAUAGCGAGACCUUCAUCUUCAAGGCCGAGCCCACCGAGCUGGACACUGCCAGCCUCUGCCUGACAGUGCUGCAGAGCACCGAAGGGGACAAGAGCCACCAGGUGGGCCGGGUGGUGGUGGGCCCCUACAUGUAUGCCCGUGGCAAAGAACUGGAGCACUGGAUGGAGAUGCUCAGCAAGCCCAAGGAGCUAGUGAAGUGCUGGCAUGCCCUUUGCCAUGCCACGGAGUCCUGAGGCAGUGACCUCGGUCAUCCUCAGUAGCCCGCUCUCCCACCACCAUGUGUGACAGCCAAAGGCCUGCAUGCUUCUUCCAGAAUCUCACUGGGCUGCUAAGCCAGCCAGCCCAUGCCAGGGGGACUUGCGUGCUGAUGUACAGGAGAGAAAAGGGGCAAGAGAGCCCUGGCCUGCGUCAGCAGUGUGGCCGCUCACCAGGCUGAGAGAGCCUCCCAACUCACUCUGUCUUUCUUCACCCACGGGGCUGCCUCGGCUUGCAGUCCUGGCUCCUGGUCAUCACAGUCCCAAUUUGCCUGGCAUGCGGAAGAAAUGGUCUGUUUAGCGACAGCAUGGAUGUGUCUGCUGAGUGGAAGUGCAAGGGAAACUCGGGUUUCACCAUCUUGGAAAGCCAAUGACGUGUUGACGCUAAAGCUGCAGUUUUUCGGCUAUGGUUUCUCUGCCUUCUUCCUAGCGGAGAGAAAAAUUACCCUGGGGGACAUAAGAGGAGGAGGGACCACCCCCCUAAGCACUUAUUUCUGUUGGUCCAUAAUAAAAAGCACAGUCUCAGAAUGGGGUUCUGUGUGGAGUUGUGGGACAGUCCCAGGGUGUCUGGGCCACAUGGCGUUCCUACAGCUCAGGACAGAAAGCUCCUGUGGAUGGGGACUCCCUGCCUUCAGGGCUUGUGGGAGAACACGGUGAGCAGCCUGCCAGGCACCCAGGUUCUCGGCAUCAGGUCUCUGUGCCAGCUUGGAAGGGCCGCAUCCAUGUGUUAGGUCUCUCCCUGCGGCUAUGACAAAUCCUGCCCCCACGCCGUGCCAAGUCUCGCCCACAGCCUGCCCUCCCGGAGCCCACACCUCACCCUCCCUGCUCGUUCCUGUGGUCUCCCUGGUUACGCCCUUCCGCUCCUGGGGCACUCACUUUCGACAGCAAAUGGUGAAAAUCCAUGGCCAAAACGUAGCCCAUGGAGCCGAGAGCUUUGCCUAUAAAUCUUGCAGUUCCAUUAUGAUUAUUGUGCAGUGGUAGGUGUAGGUGUAAAAUCAUUAAAGUGGAAGCUCCCACAAACCAUGGUCUUCAACCACCGUGAAGUUGUGCUCUAGGUAAUGAGCAGGCAUUUCACUCGUCACUGUUACUUAACAGACGGUUUGCAUUUUCACCCUAAUGCUGUUGAACCUGCAGCGUCAACACAUUGUUAUUGUAUAACUAGAACAAAAGUUUAAACCGGCGUCAUCUCUUUUCUUAUGCAGUGAAGCAACUUCAGCAAAAGAGAGUAGUGAACCUUGUACUCGGCUUCUGCCCCUUUCACCUGACUUCCAGUCUCAGGCCAAGCACCAAUACAAGCUUUCCCAGCAGUGGUCCGUACAGACAGAAUAUCUGUCCGUGCAUUCUCUCACUUAUUUCACGUGCACACGUUCAAGGUAGUCCAUACUCCAGCCACUUUUAAUUAGUGUCGUAGCUCACACAUAACGAGUUCUCUAUAUGUUUUUAUAGCAGGUUACCCAGGGUCCUGAUACAGUAGAUGCCAACCACCACCACAUUUCAAGGCGAGACUCAUGCCUAUCGGUGGCCUUUCCAGGGCCACUUGGAAAAGCUGGAAAGCAUCCCUUUCGCAGGACAGAGUGGAC